AUGAUUUGCACCUUUAUCCGCCCGAGUAUUCUUAGGUAUGAUGAGUUGUAUGACAUGGAAAAAUGUGCCCAGUUUAUUUCUGGAUAUAUGAGAUACGAACCAUUGUAUCAAAGCGAGAAUUAUACUGACAACCAAAAUGAUAUAGUUGAGAACAUUCCAACGCAGGUUGUAUCACCUAAGACUGCGUUGAUGUGGCAAACCGGGAACUGCCUAGAGAUGAGCAUUGUUUUGGUUUCGUUGCUUUGUGGUUCGGGUUAUAAUGCUUUUGUAGUAGUUGGCUACGCAGAUCCGGUUUUGUGUCUUAAUGAUCAUAGUAUGAAUGCAUUUGAUGAAAACUUUCCAGAGAUAAACAUUGACGACGAUGAUAGUGACGCACCUCUGGAAGAAGAUUCUGACUACAUUGAUUUAGUAAAACAACGUCCUGUACUUCGCAAUAUCGAUGACCCUGACCCUGAUGUACCGUCUGAUGAAGAUGAACCUCUUGAAAAUCGUUCUGGUCACCCUGAAGCAAAUAAAUCUGUGAGUACUCCUUCAAUUAGACCGCUGCACUGUUGGGUCAUGGUGCUGAGGGGGGGGAGGAAAGACCUGAAAAAUCCUACCUUUAUCGAGACAGCAACCGGAAAGCUUAUUCCCUUAUUAGAGGCUGAUCAAUACUAUUUGGGAAUUGAAUCUGUCUUCAAUAACAAAAACUAUUAUGUGAACAUGAAACCAGAGUCUCCAAUCAGUUCGUUAUCGAUUGAUUUGCGUGAUUUAUCUGAAUGGGAAAGCCUUAUUCCAACACAAAACGAGAGCGAUGCCAAUGAUUUAGCUGGAUCAGCAUUGUCGUCCACUUUGGUUCGCCGUGCGUUUCAGGAUUUAGCUCAGGAUACCAUGAAUCUGACUCAAUCUGUCGAAGCAUUUUCGAGGUGCAAUAUUUCAAUCCCUAGUUCUUGGGUGAAAGAGCUGACUAUAACCCCUCAACAGUAUAUAAGCCGCUAUCCAGGGAACUGUAAGGAAUUCAAGUAUUCUAAUGCAACUGUACGUCUUUUUGCUGAAUAUUCUCAACCGGAUCUUUGUGUUAAAGAAGUCCUCCUAAUGGAUUCUGAGCCACAUGGUCAUGAGAAGAUGCAUUUAUUUUAUCAGCAUCGAGCCGAUAAGUUGCAGAGACGUACCUUGAUUAAUCAGGGGAACUUAGAUGCUGAUAUUCAGCACAUCAAUGAAUCCUGCCACGUUUUGGGGUUACCCUCAAACUUUGUUCUCGAGGAGUUGUAUGAAAGAGGCCGUAUGCGAUGCUCUUUCAUCGAUGGUCUCCAUGUGCUUAUUUACAAACCAGGCCAUGAAAGAACUAUGAAAUUUUACUCUAAGGUACGUGAGGAUGGCUUGUAUAAGCGCAUUGAGUUCUUCUACGAUAAUCAUUCGAUUAAGAAAAUCAAGGAGUAUUAUAAAGGCCGCACCGAUCGUUUAUACUACCGAAGCGCUUCUUUUGCUAAGCCAGAAGACUUGCCUGAGAUUUAUGCACAUGAAAAUGCUGUGAACAUAGGGUAUGGGUCUAACUUGAACCAAUUCCCACGACCGGGGCCUAUCCGACUUAGCCAGAAAUUCUUGCGUAACGAAAGUAUUCCCUUCCAUAAAGAUGUUGCCAAAGCAACCUUCACUCGACCUGCUUUGUCCAAAGACAAUCCCGGGGAAAUGAAAAUUUUCUUCCACUAUUCUGAGGGUAGCAUCAUUCGUCCGUUUCACGUAUUUACAAAGGUUUCAUCAAGUGUAGAAGACUACAUUGCUGCCUCUACAUCAAAGAAACCUCCUGAUCUCCCUGUGAAAAUAACUACAGUGCCUGGACAGGAUCCACCCAAUGACUUGGAGCUGUAUACUGAGAGAAAAUUUCUGUCAACUAUGGAGUCGGAAUGCUUGGCAGAGGUCCGUGCAAAGUUGGAUGAGCACAUCCAUCUUCUUAACACCUUAGAGAAGGAUCACCGUAAUGUCGAGCGUAUCCUCAGCACAUACGAUACUCUACGCAACCGCACGAAUGAAACGGAGGCCGAGCUGGCGCUGAAGCUGGCUGAGCGUGUGCGUAAGGAAGAGUCACAGAAGGAUUACCUCGCUCCGUACAUCGCUAAGCUAAAGCUUCUAUCAAACUUCGAUGGAAAUUAUUUGUCUGUCAAACUCACCGCAGAGCAAGCUAGAUUGGUGCGGGACGCCGCAUUAUCGGAACAGAAAGAACGUCUCAUACAGCGUGGUCAGAUUAUGCAAAUGAGAAUAGACAAGGAAAAAGACGAGUUCAAUAAACGCCAGCAACUUUACAAGAAGAGGAUGGGCGCAUCUGCUAUCGAGGGUGGCAAAGAAGCUGAAGAAUUUGCGGCUUAUUGUAAAGAGGCAACACGUAGAAUAAAAGUAGUCGACGAGCGCUUAGCAAAGCAUGUUGAUCAGGCAAGUGAGAAGUACGAGCGACUCGCGCAGCGACUGUCAGAGGAUCCUCGACUAUCGGCUUUGUACUCACGCUCUUUCGAAGAGUUGUAG